AUGCCUUUUGCGCCUUUUACAGGAUUGAAUAAUCACAAACAGUCUAUGUUGUUCGGUUGUGCUCUGCUUGCGGAUAAUACUGAAUCCACUUUCAUUUGGCUCUUCACGACUUGGCUUGAAGCAAUGUCUGGACGACAACCAGGUUUGAUUAUUACCGAGUAUGACUCGGCUAUCAGUAGAGCAGCACAACAAGUUUUCCCACACUCAGUCCACCGGUAUUGCAAGUGGCAUAUCAUGAGCAAAAUGCCCAAGGAAAUGGGACUGGUUUAUGGUGCACUCCCAAGGACAUUUCAAAUGGAGUUUGAAAAGUGUGUUAAUAAGAAUGAGUCACCUGAUGAAUUUGAAUCAACUUGGCAAGGGCUUCUUGAUAAGCAUGUAUGGUGCUCAGAGAAGUGGAAGUAUAAUUCACUUUUUGAUGGCUAUGUGAGUGCAGGGACUGCCUUACAAGAUUUUGCAGAACAAUAUGAAAAGGCUCUAUAUGACCAAUAUGAGAGAAGCAAAGGCAGAGAUGAAGUUUUUGAGUCUCUUGGGCUUGCUGUAAAAUUAUGUCGAGACGAGGAAGGAAUCACCAGAUACGAGGUAGCUAGAUUUAAUGAAGAACAUAAAGUUUAUGUUGUCGAAUUCAGAGUUAGUGAGCAAAUUGCUUCUUGUGAUUGCAAGAUGUUUGAGUUUGAAGGGACCAUAUGCAAACAUGUUCUUGCAGUAUUUAAAGCAACAAAUGUCUUUAUACUCCCACAACAUUAUAUAUGGAAGAGGUGGACAAGAAGUGCCAAGGAUGAGGCUCUUUCGGAUGAAUUUCCAAGGGUUGGUAAUCAGAAUAGUUCUCAUAAAGGCAAGAAUUUGCAGUACAAUAUUUUGUAUCAGGAAGUCGUUACAUGUGCAGAGGAAGGAAUGUCUUCUGACCAUAUUUUUAAGGUGGCAUUAAACGCCUUAAGGGAAGCUAGGAUUAAAAUUGUUGGGGCCAAGAAAAAUGCCGUUAACACCCCAAAACUAGAAAUUGUGGCCAACAUCACAAAUAAUCAAGACGAUAAUAACACUGAGAUUCCAAUUAAGUAA